AUGAGCACCGCGGCGGCAUUCAACCCCAGCGACCUUGCAGGCGGGGAGGUCUUCCUGGGGACCACUGACUUUUCCGAGACUGUAUUGAAGGGUUCUGGUACCUUCGUGUCUGAUACUUUCUUGCGCUCGGUGCAGUGGAUUCUCACGGCUCAUGACCCAAACAGUAACAACAUCAAGACCAUCAUGAUUCUCUCCCCAAACGAAGCGAAUUCCCUUAUCUACAGCAUGGAACACUCCGGAUUUGUUGGACUUCCACAUGAUCCCCGCCCGCAAGCCGGCCUCCGGCUUUCUCGUCGCCUCGCAGCACAUCUCAACCUCUUCGCCGGCCAGCUGUACUUCAGAUCCUACGACGACUACCUGGAGACCUGCGAGAUCCUCGGUCUGUUGCCACGGUCUCUGAGCGAGAAAAUGGAGAAGCAGGGUUGGAAAGUCGACGCGACGGGCUUCAUUCUCGCCGACGAUCAGGGACGGGUUGGCGGCGAGAUGUGA